AUGCGCCUCUCUGACUGCUGGACAGGGUGCCAAUCGUCUCUAUCGUUGCUCGAAAUCGUCGUCAAACGCGUCUCUCCACGACCUCGAGACUCGACAACUCAGCUCGACCAGAAUGAGCCAAUGUCUAUCAUCUGCAGGAGCACAGUUCAGCCUUUCCCUUCAGGUGCAUCUCACAGUGAGCCCGAAGCGACAGUCCGGGCGGAAGUGACGGUACUCGACAGCGCGAAAUCGUACUUAGAUCACUUCAGAGCUACCGCACUGCGGACCGCAUUCGUGCCGCAGCCAGACGGUCAGAGCGUGCUGCAGCUAUGCUGUCCGACACCCGCUGAGGCUCCGUUCACAUCGACCUCUUCGGACAAGCCGGCGCAACGACGACCAAAACGCGCAAAGCGAUCCGACGAACCUCACAAGUCGAAAGCCGACGCCAAUGCAUAUCAUGCGACCAUCUCGCAACUCUUGCACACAGCCAUUGCGUCAGCUCGUUCCGCUCUGAGUGCGCGAGCAUGGUAUGAUGCCGAUGCCAUCUGCCCGCCGAACCCGACGAUUGGCGCAGACUGGGCAGCACUGGUCAAAGAUGCACCUGCAGCAGUCCCUCGAAAGGCUCGAAGCUUAGAUGAUGUCACUGGGCGCAUCGAAGCGCUGGAAUUGAUCAAUCGAGUCUGCAAGACCGACACGGGCAAAGUCGUGCAUCUGGACCGACAAGACACGCCCAUCUUAGUGCCACCCUGUUCUGCAUUCCUCAUUGCAGACAUGAAGUCUUGGGAUCUCUUGUUGCCUCCUUCGCAUGUCGUAAGCGAUGGUUAUGAUCUCGUUAUUCUUGACCCGCCAUGGCCCAACAAGUCUGCCUCUCGAGCAAAGCAGUACGACCAGAUCGAUAUCUACGAUCUGCUUGACAUCUCGCUGCCGACUGUUCUCGAGGGCGCCAAUACGACUCGGCCGUGUCUCGUCUGCGUAUGGCUGACAAACAAGCCCCGCUAUAGACGCUUCGUAACCGAUACGCUCUUUCCGCAUUGGGGCAUUUCGAGUGGCAAGACGAGUGAAGGACAUUGGAUCAAAACGAGCACUCAAGGCGAGCCGCUCUUCUCACUGGACGAUCAAGAUAGAAGGUGCUACGAGUCAUUCAUCAUGGCCUGGUGGAUCCCGAGCGAGUACGAGGGUCCAGCUCCGGUCUUGCCUGAUCCGCAAGUCUUCUUAUCGGUGCCUAUCGGUCAUUCACGCAAGCCGGUCAUCAUAGAUCUCUUGCGACAUGCCUUCCAGCGAACGCCCAAUGUGCUCGAACUCUUUGCUCGCACGACGCUCUCUGGCCGUACAUUUGUUGAGUCAAGGAUGGCGAGGUGGGUCAGUGUAGGCAAUGAAGCUCUCAAAUUCAACAGUGCCUCGUCGUUCGAGCUGGCCUAA